AUGCGAUUCCCAAUUGGUAGUAAAUUAGGUCUAAGGGAUCUUCGAAGCCAAAGUGGAUCGCAUGCAAAAAUAUGUAGUGAAAGCCAGGCUCUGCUUGCACGGUUCAGGGAAUGGUUAAUUACCCACAUCCCGAGAGAAAAAAACACAGAGGUAGAUGCACUAGCCAAUCUGGUAUCGUCCACGGAAAUGAAGGGAUCAGACUCCGAUAUGGUCAUGCAGCUUAUGCAUUCGAUAUUGGACGCAGAUGACUAUUAUGAAGUAAACGCGACGAAUUUGGUCUGGGACUGGAGAAAUGAGAUCAUUGACUAUCUCGAGCAUGAAAAACUGCCUGAAGAUGCCAAUGCAUCUUGGGCGCUACGCACUAAAGUAGCUCGAUACAACUUCAAGGGAGGAAAUCGGUGA